UCCCACAGUCCCUCCCACUGGGUCUGGCAUUCAGGUAUAGCUCCCUCCCUCCCUCUCUCUAUAAAGACUCAUGUUUGCAGUGUAAUCUCCAGACUUCAACUCAUGGCAAAGUUUUUAUAGCAUUGGGAACAAAAAAGAAGAAAAACUUUAGUGGUCCUCAAGAAACACACCAAACUUGUGCACCUUAUCAACUGUGGAUCACAUCAGUGGCUGAGCUCCAAGCCAAAAUGAGGUUGUGCCUGCACACUGUCAUCUGCUGCUGUGUUUUUACCACAGUCCUGCCACCAGUAACAGGAGCCACAGCAGAGCCUAAUGCCACCCUAAGAAAAAGGUAUAGAGUAUGGCUGCAGAGCCAUGUGAAGAGAGACCUGCCCAAUGGCUCAGUGGCCACUAAUGUGCAGACCUCUGAUAUCCUAGAUGGAUCUUUGCAGGGUGCAAAAGCCCUCCCAUCACCACCAAGCUUUGGGCUUAAUGUAAGACUCAAAAGAUCCUCAUCAAAGCAAACUGGCUGCUUUUUAGCCACAUGUGUAUACCACGAAAUGGUCCACAGAAUACAUGAAAGCCAAAAGGUAAAAGACUGCACUGCCCCAGAGGAAAAGAUGGGCAAGAACGGCUAUGGACGCCGCCGCCGUCGAUCACUGGCAGACAACAUUCAGCUUCCCGUUCAGACUGGGAGGCAAGGAAACUGCAGUGAAGCUGGUCAGCAAGUCAACAGACACAAAACACACACGUAAUGGGCUAAGACAGGCAUGGAAGGGUUAAAAAAUAAGAGUCGAUGUUGGGCUUAUUUGCUCAAAGCAGAUUAUAAGUCCCCUCAGAAGUUUUUAUUCCAGAGAUUUACUACUAAAUCAAAUAAAAGAGCAUCUGUGCAUCCCAUCAAAGGGAGGUUAGGUUGCUCUGGAUGAUUCAGGAUUCAGAUAACACAUACUCAAUAGAUUGUAUACACAGGCUUAGGUGUUGGUUUCGGAGUGUCUAUACAUGAGUGUGAUUUAUUGAUGAAUUGAAGUGAGACCAUGUGGGACUUCAGAAGAAUGUCUGUCUCUUCUUCAGCAUCCAAAGUGAGCUUGGCAGCUGAGACAAAACACAGUUCCUGGGGAUUUGUAAUAGCCAUAAACUGAGGAGGAACCUAUUCUGCAACAGGGGGGUCACUUUUCCUCACCAAACUGACAUUCAUGGGCCCCAAACUGCCAAUUACACAAGUUAAGUGAAUGUGUUUAAUCGCUUGUGGUGCAUAAUCCCCACAUGUACUAAACCUUCAGUUAAAAAACCAUUGUUAACCUGUAUAUACAAAUAUAUAAGAAUGCUGUAAUUUUAUACAAGAUAAAGACAAAACGUAUUUUAUUUGAACUUCAGUGAAGUAUUUGAUGUAUCUGUACUUUGUAAAUAAUAAUUGCCUUGUACUCUUCUUGUCCUUGAGGUACACCAACUGCUCUAACAUUGUUGUGGUAAUUGUAAAAACUUGAUAAUAAAUAGAGCUAUGUGGCAGUUGUAUUUGGAUGGUUUAAGAGUCAGAAAAGAAGUGAAGAGCUAAAUACAGUGUGUUGCUGCCAUCUAGCUUUACUGUAGGAAACAUACAAAUGUCUCAUCUUAUAAUAAAAAGUCUUAAUUCUGAUAUUUAUCUGUGUUUUUCUGAAUGUGAACCAUUCUGCUUUAAUCACAAUUCAGCUGAAAUUCCUUUAAAUGUUACUUUAAAUGAUUUGUGGCUUGUGGUAAAUUCCAACGAUUGUAAUCACUUACAGCU